UUUGUACGCAGGAAUUAACUAAGGAACUCAGACAACACCGAGCCCUGGCGUCGCGCAUACGCGGCCGGUGGGAAAGGCAGCCGAACAUCUCGAAACCCGUCAUGGACUCGUCAAGUUGGGCUGUUGGUGACCAUGCAGUCCACCACCCCGCCCGGCCUGAAGAUGACUUCCAGCAGUUUCUGGAUAUGAAUGGCAUGGGCAACAUGAGCGAUAGCAUCAACUACAACUUCGAGGAAUUUCAAUCCUCUACCGGCCCCCAGCUACUGCAGCAACAUGCCCGGGAGCAAAUCGACAUCCCAAUGACUGGCACCGAUGCGCCAAUUCUCCCAUCACCAGCGGUAUCAACUAUGCAGCACCAUAUGCCGACUCUCACCACCGCUGCCCCACAUCAGGGCGUGCCCGUGUCAAUGAUGCCGCCGCCCACGCCGAACGAAGCCAUUGUUGAUUCGAUUGACGCGCAGAUUCAAUUUCUCCAGCAGCAAAAGUUGCGCCACCAGCAGAGGCAUAUCGAGGAACAGCAGGCCGCCUUCUUCGCCCGUCAGCAGAAUGGCAUGGUCCCUCCAACGCCUCAGAGCCUCGAGCUCCAACCCGGUUCAGACCAUUACUACCCCCAGUCCAGCGGGCCAGAGCAGCAGCAACAACAACAACAGCAACAGCAACAGCAACAACAGCAACAACAGGCCAUGGAGUACCGGUAUCAGAGGAUGAAAGACCAGCCAGAUAUGUCAUUCACCCCGCUGGUCUCGCCGGCAGUCACGCCCCUUGAUACCCACUUCUCUGUCGACUCGCAGUUUGGGGUUUCGGGGCCUUAUUUUAGCCCUCUAACAUCCCCAGCUCUACACGCCCAGAGCGACCCUCUUGCCAUGUUUGAUCAGAUGCACAACGUGACGACCACGAACUCGUCUGCUGAUCUGGACAUGGACUCAUCGUCCGCACUUCCAACGUCGAACGCCGCGCCUGGAGAUCUGACCAAAAAGGCGCGAAAGAAUGCGGCGAAAGCGAGGCCAAAGGCCGGGAUCAAGCAGUCACCGAUCUCGAAGCCUCUGCGAAGGAGAACCACGACGACUCCAAGCUUGAAUGCCCAGGUGCUGAGCGAGCUCGCUGAAAAUGUAGAAUCUCCCCAAGAUUCGCAGUUGCUCCCGACACCGAUGAUGCAGAAUUCUUCUUCCACCACAGGGGUAACGGAUUCUGAGGACUCGGUUUCCCCCGAAACACUGAACGACACAACCGCUAUUGAGAUGCCUCCGCCUCCUGUCCCGCAACCUCGGUCUGCGAAGCCGUCCCCAUCUAUCGCGCCACAGGCCAGCGCGGUUCCUGGAACUUUGCAACCCCGGCGGCCAGGGCUCGCGUCCCCGGCGACUCCUGCAUCGCUGAUGAAGCUGAGCUCGCCGAGUACCCGUAGCGCGGGCCGGAGAGCUGACAGUCAGGAGGUAGUCGAUACGGACCACAUCGAAACAUUCGAGCUUCCCGAAUCGGCGAACUUCUUGAGCAAGGCUGCUGCAUCAACCAACGACCCUACGCCGGGACGAUCCUCUCAGGAGGCCGACUCUUCUUCUAAAACUUCUUCAAUGGCGCCUUCCUCCUCGCCUGCUAUCGUGAAGCCGCCAGCCACCCCGGCUACUACGACGCAAAGCCCGCAGCUGCUCGCUGGGCCUGGGUCCGGCCCCAAGAAGACUCCCCAGCUCCUCCCGAGAGGAAGCAAGAAGCGAGGGAGUGUCAGCUCUAUCCCGGUCUCGCCUGCUUUGAGGCCCAGGAUAUCACCCAACAUCAAACCGCUCCUGCCGGGCGGCCCUGAUGUCGAAGAAGCCGCUUCCCUCCUCCUCGCAACCAAGUCGAACUACCAGCGCAUCCUCGAGGGCAACACACUCCCCGGCGUUUCAUACCCGAGCGAGCUCUCGACGAACCUCACCUCGAAACGCACCUCGCACAAGAUUGCCGAGCAAGGCCGCCGUAACAGGAUCAACUCGGCGCUCCAGGAGAUCGCCGCGCUGCUCCCCCGGCCGCCGCCGAAGGACAGCGAGGGUGAGGGCAGUGACGGCAAGAAAGACAAGGCGGGCGGCGUGCCGAGCAGCAAGGCUAGUACCGUCGAAAUGGCGAUCGAGUACAUCAAACAGCUGAAGCAGGAGGUUGCCGAAGCGAACCGGCGUGCGGAGGAGGCGGAGAGGAAACUCGAAAUGAAGGCCAAGGCGAAUGCCUCGGAGGAAAAGGAGGCGGCUUGAGCCUACAGGGAAACUGAUGAAUAGCAACGUUGGAUCUCGGGAGUUCAAGGGGGUAUGAAAAUGGACAUAGGAGACAUGGAGGGGGAAAAAAAAAAAAAAAAAAGAGUUACGAUGGCGUCGCGGGAUAGAUCGGGGUUGG